GUUGCUGGGCAAUUGCGUUUUGACUCUUUUCUAUUGAGAUUGGGCAACAUUGUUUCUUUCUGAAUGGUUUUGAUAAUCUCUGGCAACUUUUUGAGAUAAGCCAAUCAGAACGCGAGUAUCGAGUCAUGUGACCUCCGGUGAGGUUCGGAUCAGAAAUUUCAAACAAAUAUGGCGGCCGCUCAGUGUCAGUGGAGUGAAGAGAUGGAGAGACUCCUCAUUUGUUUUUACGCCGAACACCAGUGUUUGUGGAAUGUGAAAGCAAAGGCAUACAGGAACAGAGACCUGAAGAAAAAGGCUUUUGAAGAGCUCUGCCAGCAACUCUCAAAUGAGCAACAAGUUGUCAGUGAGGAAGACGUGAAGAAGUUGUUUAAAAAUUUGAGAACAGUUUUCAUGAGGGAGCAUGGAAUGGUAUCGGAUAGCAGCAGGUCUGGGGCUGGCACCACUGAAGUUUAUGUUCCAAAAUGGAAACACUUCCAAAGUUUGAUGUUUCUCCAUGACUCCUGCAUACCUGAUGAAAGUUCAGACAACAUGGAUAAACCAGAGUCAGAGCCAUCUUCUUCAGCAUCCUCCCAAACCCCAGACAAUACCACACCUCUAUCUCCUCAACCUCAGCCUUCAGAGACCCCAACAAAGAAAAAAACAGACAAAAAAGCUAAGGAAAACAAGGCUGUUGAAGCAAUGGACUAUGCACUUGACUUCUUGAAAAGAAAAGCCACCUCUCCACAUACAAGUUUUUUCCAAUACCUUGAGACCAUUCUAGAGGGCCUGCCGGAAAACAAGGUAAAAAGGCUGAAGAGGGAAAUAAUUAACAUGGCACUCAGUGCAGAAGAGGAAGAGUAAACACUUGUUACGAUUGUUGUUGUUGGACAUUAUCAUUC